AUGCUUUCUUUUCUCGUGUUGUCAACGAUAUUUCUGCCGGUCGUUUACGGGUGUUCUUGUUAUUGGUCACCUCCACAGAAACAGUUUUGCGAUGCUGAUUGGGUGUCUCAUGUGCGAAUCCGCUCCUCAAAAAUUCUGUCAGAUCAAUCAUCUAAAGAAGGCCGACUCCUUGUUUUCGAUCAAUUGUCAGAUCGAGUCUUUGACGUUGAGCACAUCGAGGUUUUUAAGCGUCCCUCCAAUCUCACCGCUCUCCCAAAUACUCUCUCGACAAAACUUUACGAGUCACUUUGCGGAUUAAACCUUAACCUGGCCAACAAGGACGAGCAGUUUCUCCUUGCAGGGAGACUCGUCGACAAACAAUUGCGCUUCGAUCUUUGCAGUCAAGUUGCUCCCUCUGAUUACUACCCGAAAAACUAUCGCUGGGAGGCGUAUCCAAGCGAUUUCCCCGAGACACUUCGAGCGAUCAAAUGU